GCGGAGUACCGACACCACCUGGAGUCGCCCGCUCCCCUGCUCCUCGGCCUCUGCCAUGCCUCUCGCUGCGCUGCACCCUCCUACGCCCAUUGCCAUAACUAUCUAGCUGCUGCCACCACCAGCGCGGCGUGAGCCUACGUCACUAUUGUCCCUGCAAACACCCAUCUCACGCCCAGCACCGACAUGCCCGUGUGAGAGGCCAGCAAUCGCAUCCAUUCCACUGCCGCUUGAUUGCUCUAUCCGUCGCAGGCACAGGCAAUCCCACUCCAGGCCGAAUCGCAGCCAGGCCGAACCACAUCCAGGCAGCAUGGCGGCUGUGCAGCAGAGCACCUCCUCGCUCGGCCAGGCGAACCGCGACGCCCUGGCCGCCCCAGGCGACGCACAGCGGGCGCGCGGCCCUGCCUCGUCGUCGGCCUCGAUUGCCAGCAGCGGGAACCUGACGGACGGAUACAGCGACGUGCCCAGGUCGACCGACGGCGCACUGGACAGGCUGAGGAGCCGCACCUCGGACGACGGCCGCAGCGACACGUCCUCGUCGCAUCACCACCGCAUGUCGCGCAUCUUCCGCAGCCGCAAGAAGGACAAGAAGUCGGCCAGGGGCGACAGCCAGGACGACCUCUCGCACCACUCCGACGCCCACGCAGGCCCCCCGCCCGUCCUGCGCCAGUCGGCCAACCUCAGCGACGAGUCGCUCGCCCUCUACAAGAGCACCCCGAGCAGCCUGCUCACAGACUCGGACACGGAAGCCCCUCCCCCACGCCGUCCAGGCAUCUCUCCCCAUCAGUCGCACGCCGGACUCCUGACCCUGUCCUCGCCCCUGAUUGCCUCCGAGACUGUCCAGGCGGCCGAUGUGAGCCUCGUCGAUUCCGUCAUUUCCACCCAAGACGCAUCCACCCAGCCAUCGCACCCCUCCGACAGCGCUGCGCCAGGCUCCCCAGUGAGCAAGCUCAAGGACGCAUUCGCCAUUGCUCGGAACCCCACCUCUCCCAAAAAGGGAGGCGACACGGACGCUGCCAAAUCGGGCGCAAGUGGAAGUGGAGGUGGCUUCGGCACCCUGUUUGGAGGAAAGAAGCGCGAACAGCGAGCGUGGGAAGACCCUCUGCAGACUGCCCCGCCCCGGAUACAAGUACACACGGGCUCAGACACGCAGUCGACAAACUCGCUCCGCUCCCUCGGGCCCAGACGCAUCGUCACCCAGAUCCCUGCCACGCCUCCGAAUGUGGUUGGCCCACCCACUACCUUUGUGACCCCACCCACGCCCAUCGAUCCCAAAGGCUCCUCUCCUACCGAUUCGAACACGUUCAAAAACUGGCCCAAGCACACCCCUUCCCACUCGAGCUCAAACGUCACCGUCUCCCCGUCGGGGAACAUGAUAUCACAUCGACGCGUACGCUCAGCAACCAACCCCAGCAAGCUAUCCAACUCCACCACCGUACCACUCACACCCCACAUCGAAGAGGUCAAAACCCCUGGCGGGACAGCCGUAUCAUCUCAGUCUGGUGGUUUCUUUUCUUCCGUCUUCUCUGCAGCCCAAAACGCUGCCACCACGCUGGGCAAAACCAUCACCGACAACGCGGCCACCAAAAGCAAACUCGGCCAGCCGCCACAAACAGACGAGGACCAGAAGGAGGAAGGCGGUGGUGAGGAAGUCAUCGGGCCCGAAAACGUAGAGACAGUAGCAGACAGUGGGGCUGAGAAGCGCAGACCAGCUGUUGAGACCCUUGGAUCCGGGAACCUGAGCUUGGCUCAUCUUGGAAUCGCCGAAAGCACCGAAGUCAGCCCCAUGUCUUCCUCGACAAACAUCACCAUGAAGGCCGAUGAAGCUUCUGCAAAGGUGGAGGAUAUCGCUGCCGCCCAGGCCGUGUCUGCUGCUUAUGUGGUCGACAAGCCUCCAUCUGUUCAGAAUGAACGCCGUCGAUCCAUCGGAGCAGCAUCGGCAGCCAACGGUGCCGGAGCCUCAACACCGCCCCGACAUGCCGAGACGAUUGAUUCUCCAGCACAAUCAUCGGUGCAGAGGAACGGCAGCAUUCGCAGUCGCUUGAGCGACAGCAGAAAGAGACGGCAUAGGGGGAGCUCGGCUGCCACGAGCACCGCGAUAGGCGCCGUGAUAGGCGCAAGCACAUCGACGCUGGUACCUUCUGCAACACUGAACGGGCAACGACUGAACGGCACAGGAUUUGCAGUGGCAUCCCCGAAGCGGAAUCGGGAUUUCCACAACCUGUUCAAGAGUGUCCCAGAAGACGACUACCUGAUAGAGGACUACAGCGCGGCCCUACAGAAAGAGAUCUUGCUCCACGGACGCCUAUAUGUCUCGGAGGGGCACCUCUGCUUCUCAAGCAACAUCCUAGGCUGGGUCACCAACUUGGUCAUGAGCUUUGAUGAAGUCGUGUCAGUGGAGAAGAAGUCGACGGCCAUGUUGUUCCCCAAUGCGAUUGUCAUCCAGACGCUUCACGCCAGGAAUAUCUUCGCAUCCCUUUUGGCACGAGAUUCGACGUACGACUUGAUCAUUGGCAUCUGGAAGAUCUCACAUCCCAACCUCAAAUCCUCGCUCAACGGUGUUGCCCUCGAUGGAUCUGGUACCGGAGACAAGACUGAAAAGGCCGACUCGGUCGGUAGUGACGCUGGAUCUUCGCAAGACUCAGACGAUGAUGUGUAUGAUGAAGACGCUGAAGACGACGAUGGCGUGGGCAGUUUUACAGAUGCCGCUGAAGGCAGCAUGGCAGGUAGUGAGAUCGGACCUGUUACUGUUGAGGCAAGAAAGGCCAGCGCUGCCAUAGCGCAGGCCGUUGGCGGUGGAGGUGAGACGGCUGAAGCUGCUGCGAGCAGUGCCACCACAACGAAUGAGUUCCCCGGCGCAGCGACACAUGGACCAACCGAGUGUGGGGAUAACGACCAGCACUACGACAAACUCCUGAUCGACACGUCAAUCCCCGCGCCUCUGGGCAAAGUCUACAGCUUGAUGUUUGGCCCGGCAUCCGGCGCUUUCAUGCGCAAAUGGCUGGUCGAAGAUCAAAAGUCACUGGACCUGCAGAUGGAAGACGACAAGAAGGGUCUCGGCGAAGGCAAGAAGACGUACAAUUAUUCGUAUAUUAAGCCUCUCUCCGCGCCCGUUGGUCCCAGGCAGACCAAAUGCAACAUCACUAUGACGCUCGAGCAGUACGACCUGAACAAGGCAGUCUGUGUGCUCUGCAGCACGCAAACACCCGACGUGCCCAGCGGGAACAUAUUCCUCACCAAGACACGAUACUGUCUGAUGUGGGGGCCGGGAAACAGCACGAGGCUGAUCAUGACAUUCACGGUGGAGUGGAGCGGGAAGAGUUGGCUGCGAGGCCCUAUUGAAAAAGGCGCAAAUGACGGCCAGAUGUCCUACGCAACCGCUAUCACUGCCGCCCUCCGCGCCGCUGUAACUUCAAGACUUGCCCCCGUCAAAGCCCCCGGCAAAGGCGUCCGCGGCAAGAAGCGCUCCAAGAACCACUCCCUCGACGAGGCACCAACCAUCGUCAGCAACCCUACCCCCGCCAGCCAGGCCAAGCAGUCCAACUGGGGCAUCUUCGACCCCCUCCGCGGCAUCCUGGGCCCCAUCGCCGACAUCCUCGAAUCCCUCAUCUCGCCGCAAAUCAUCAUCUUCAUCCUCGGCGCGCUGCUCAUCUACACGUGGUUCUUCCGCGGCGGCGCAGCAGCCAAGGGCCCUAAUUCCUGGUCCACCACGCAGCGGCAAGUCGCGCACGAGGAAAUCUGGCGCAACGAGGAGAGCGAGCUGUGGAAGUGGCUCGAGGACCGGGUCGCCAUGGAUCGUGUCGUCGUGCACCACGCAUCUGCUGGCAGCAAUAAAUACCACGACGACCAGGCGCUGUUCCAGAUCCGCCCCGAGACGAUGCAGGAGCGGGAGAUUGACGAGGCGAUUCGCGUUACCGAGGAGAGACUCGAUGUGUUGAGGAGUGCGGUGGAGCGCGAGCGCGGGAAGAAGAGGGCGACGAGUCGGAAGGAGGAGCGCGUGUAGGCUGUCUGUUUGGACGUCAGUUGAACUGACUUGUUUCUCUUUUGUACUGUCUUGUACUGUUGGCGGGAUGUGGGACUUGCAUUGCGAAGGCGUUGGUCUUUCUUUCUGUCCUUUUUUCCAUUUGUACAAGGCCAAGCCUGGUUGGGGUUUUCUAUAGCGUUUCGUUUGUCACAUCUCAUCACAGCAGUCUUUGAUAAGAGUUCAAUGGUAGAACAUCAAAAGUACAAGAUUCGCUAUACACACGUCGUGUUUAAGAAGUGCUUGUGAGCCCUAUAAAUAGCAACCACAUCGUGGGGUAU